AUGUACCGUGGAUAUUGGGCCUAUCCGUACCGCUUCCACGCUGGCCCCUCUCGCUUCGUCUGGUUCUCAUUCGGCGCAAUAGUCGCCACAAUAUGGGCUAAACGGAUGGAAUGCUAUACUCAAGGCCGCUCUUACGGGCAUUGCUACCGCGUGCCACCACAUUACCUUCCUCCGCCCACACCACCGACACCACGCACGCCUGAAACUACCGAGGAACCAAGUCGCUGGAGUGCCGACGUCUCGAAUGUCUCGAGCAUGGUCAAGGGCCUUCCGCAGACGAUCAACAACAUCCCGCCGGCAGACGAUUCGGGGUUGCCAAGGUCAUUCGGCGAGAGAUUGCAGCAGGAGAAGUGGGAGGAAGAGAAGGAGCGGAUGCUGGAGCUGGGCAGGCAGGCAGGCGAUAGUAUGGCCGAGAUAUCCGAAGCCACAUUGGACUCCGUGUUGAGCGCUAUCGAAGCCUUGAAGAAUAAAGUGACCAUGCAUAGAAUCCAGAGAGAAGAACAGCGCAAGAAACUCGAAAAGGAAGUUGAACAGGAGAAGUCCAAGCCCUUCCGCUGGGUAUAA